CCUAUAACCCAAGUACUUAUACAUAUAAAAACUAAUAAUUGUCAUAGAAAAAUAAAAGUGAUGAAAAAUAAAAUUGGAGAGCACAAUAUGUUCACUCGCACUCAAAGACUUAUAUAUACACACCACUCCUCAGAUCCUCAUCUCACCAACACGACCAAAUCCUCCUCUUCUAACCACCACCGCGCCGCGCCGGGAAAUGGAGCUCCUCGACAUGGCGCCGGCGGAUGCCAUCGCGCUCCGCCUCUACUCCCUCCCGGCAGCGGCCGCCACCGCCGGCUCGCUCUGGGCCUGGCUCGUCGCCGCGCUCGCCGCGGCCGUCGGCCUCUGGCGCAUCCGCGCCGCCGGCGUCCGCAGCGCGCUCGUGGCCGACGACGACGGUGGCAAGCAGCAGGAGAAGACGAAGGUGACGCGGAUGAGUGCUCUGCCUGCUUCGCCGGUGCCCGCUGCCGUCGUCGAGGCGCGGCCGGGUUGUCAGGAGGAGGCGGAGGCGGGGGCGCCGGUGGCGACGACGCCGACCUCCCCGAGCGAGCCGAGCACGCCGUCCAAGGUCCGCUUCACGGCGUACUACGCCGGCUCGGGGGAAGACGACGAUGGAGGAGUAGUGGACGGCGUCAGGAGAUGCGCGUGGUACGACAACGACGACGACGCCGACAACAACUGCAGCAGCGUGCGCUUCAACGGCGAAGGGAAGGCGCCGCUGAGGCGGACAUCGUCGUCUUCAGGGACGACGAGGCCGAGGAGGAGGACGACGCCGGCGGCGGCCUUGCUGGCGACGCCGUGGGAGGAGCGUGAGAUGUCCGUGAGGAGGAGGGGGGACCUGGGGUGGUACCGCCACCUCGACAUGGCGGCGCUCGACGGCAGCGUCGUGAGGCUGUGGCGCGGCGAGGGCGAGGUCACCGCGGCGGCGGCGGCGUCGCCGUGGGGGCGCCGGAGCCGGGGGGCAUUCUCGGAAUUGCACCUCUCCUCGUAGAGCGAGACAUGGCAUCCUCCCCUCCCCCCGUGUAUAUUCUGGUGUAGGAUUAUUGGAUUGUUGCUAGUGCACAUGACGAUUUUGCCCCUGGGCCACUAAAGCAGUGUGGCUGAGGUGUAAUGGCCCUCAUGUGAGGACAUAAAUGGAAUUUGGCAAAUGCCAUUGGUAUCCUUGCUUCUGAAUUCCAAUUCCACUGUUUCAUUUCUGAAUUAUGAUGGUAUUCUCUUCUGUUCCCGAGGGCUUAUUCGGUUUAGAGAAAAUUCAUGUGAAUUUUAGAGGGAUUAAACUUUUUAGUGAAAAUCUAUGUAUAUGUUCGGAAGGAGGUCGGGAUGUUUAGACUAUCGAAGCUGGUCCUUCUGAGGUGCAUUUAUAGUUUAUCACCUGUUAAUUAUCCCUGGUUGAUGAAUUUUAAUGAAGU